AUGGCCUUCUUCAAGUGUUUCAAGAAAGGCACCGUCACUAUUCUUGAGGAUGAAAGUGAUAACCGGGACGAAGGUACCACAUUGCUUGUAGGUGCGCCUCUCCUAGCUUCGGAAAUAUUCGAGGUGGACAAUUCUCUCCAUAUUCCGUCUUGGUCUCAAGAGUUAAAGUCCUUGCAUCAUACAGAUACCGGUUCAUCAAAGGCAUUCGAACUUCUUAGCGAUCGAAUCCAUAAUGGAGCAGUGAAUUGGAGUUUUGCUCUCCCGACGGCUGGUGAAUCUACAUUUAUAGAGUAUUACUGGGAGUGGCUUGAAGAUGUGCUAUGUAGAAAUACUCAGGUUCUUAAGAGCACCGGUCUGUAUAAUGCAGUCUUUGCCUCAUUAUUUAGCUAUGAUCGACAUGCUCCAGUCAUUCGAGCUUUUUGCGAGUACUGGUGUCCUACAACAAAUACUCUUCAUACGUCGCAAGGAGAGAUGUCUAAUUCCCUUUGGGAUCUUCAUGAAAUUGGCGGUCUCCCUAUUACAGCGUAUCACAAGAUUUUAUGGGAUUCUAAAGGAAAAUCUGGAGUGAGAAUGACUGCUUGGAUAAAGUACUGGUAUCAAGGGCCAUUCAAGUAUAAAAAGCCUUCAAGGAAAACCAAACGGAACAAGUCACAAAAGCCAAAGGAGGACUCUGAUCCAUCUGGUAUCAUUCCGACGGCAUUGAAAUGCACUGAGGAAGAGGAAAUGGUUUUUGAAGAUUUGGGUAUAGCUGAUGAAGACAUGGAAAAAUCCUACUUGGCUGCAUUCCUUGCUUGCUUGUUGUGCAAAUUUGUAUUUCCCAAAGACGACGUAACUUUGAUCAGACCAAGGGUUUUCAAAGUUGUCAGUCGAAUGGUGCACGGUGUAUCAUUUGGCCUAGCAGUUCCAGUAUUGGCCAACAUUUACAAGGGGCUACACGAUAUUUCUAGUGCAGAUGAUCCAGGAAAUUGCACAACUGUUCUACCUUUCCAUUAUGUGUAUGGGUGGUUGGGCAAAUACUUCAACACACACUUCACAUCAUCUUCCGAGAAGUCCAUUCCUAUCAUGGAAAGGAAAACUACCGAGUCAUCCAACCUUAUAGCCCGCACCGAUUCAAUAGACAAUUUUGUUAUGUACAACAUGUGCCAGGAGAACUUAAAGAUGACGUUCGGAAUGGGACUGUGCUAUCAGUUUACUCACAUUGGAAAUCAUGCUUGA